UGGUCCAAGACGUCUUUUUGUUUGGUCCGAGUGGUAUAUCAGUUGGUUUGAGUGGUCUUUGGUCCAAGGUGUCAUGGAUUCAAGUAAAGAAAGGGUUCUGAACCACCAUUCAUACAUCCAAAUGUAAAAUAAAUAGUGUUAAUAGACAAAAAGUGAAAAAAUGGGUGAUGAUUGGGGUGCAUUAUGUGAUGCUCAGGAGGCAGCUUUGGCUGCAAAGGUUAGUGGAGUUAAGCUAGAUAAUAAAGAUAGUGGCAAGACUAGUGGAGCACCCCCUCCUGUUACCAAUACAACUUCUUCUACUGCAGUACCAUCCGGGGCAGGAGGAGAUGCUGCACUUGCCUCCUCCUCAGUAAAUAGCACUCCUGCACCAGCUACGUCUACAGGAGAAGGAGAUCAAGCUGGUGAAGACAAAGCUAUAUCAAAAGAAGAUGAAUCAAUUUUACGAAAAAUUCUCCGAUCCAAACUUGUCACAACUAAAGCUGAUUUAGAAGUUCUACGAAAAGAUCCCAAUUCUCCAUUGUUCUCUGUUAAAAGUUUUGAAGCUCUUAAUUUAAAAAAAGAAUUACUUAAAGGUUUAUAUGAUAUGGGAUUUAAUGCACCAUCAAAAAUACAAGAAACGGCACUGCCUUCAUUAUUAGCAGAUCCCCCAUGUAAUAUGAUUGCCCAGAGUCAGAGUGGUACUGGUAAAACAGCAGCAUUUGUUCUGACUAUGUUAAGUCGUGUUGAUGCUGCUAAACAUUAUCCACAGUGUUUAUGUCUAGCACCGACCUAUGAGUUAGCACUACAGAUUGGUCAUGUGACAGAACAGAUGGCAAAACAUAUGACAGAAUUAGAAAUAAAAUAUGCUGUCAAAGGCAACAGAAUUGAAAGAGGUCAGAAGAUAUCAGAACAAAUUAUAAUAGGCACACCGGGAACCUUAAUGGAUUGGGCAAUAAAAUAUAAGUUUUUUGAUUUACGUAAAAUAAAAGUUUUUGUAUUAGAUGAAGCUGAUGUUAUGAUGGCUACUCAAGGUCAUCAAGAUCAGUCAUUACGUAUUCAAAAGUGCUUGUCUCAAAAUUGUCAGAUGUUACUGUUUUCGGCGACGUAUGAUGCAGAUGUCAUUGAGUUUGCCCAAGCUGUAAUUCCUAACGACCCUGUUACUAUUCGUUUACGUCGGGAGGAGGAAAGUUUGGACAAUAUUCGUCAAUAUUAUAUAGAAUGUGACAAUAUAGAAGAUAAAUUUAAAGCCUUGUCUAAUAUUUAUGGUACAAUAUCAAUAGGGCAAUCUAUGGUCUUUUGUCAUACAAGGAAAAAUGCUGCUUGGUUGGCAGAAAAAAUGAUAAAAGAUGGCCACGUGGUUGGUUUAUUAAGUGGAGAUUUACAGAUUGACCAAAGAGCAGCCAUUAUAAAAAGAUUUAGAGAUGGUAAAGAAAAAGUUUUGAUAACUACGAAUGUAUCUGCUAGAGGUAUUGAUGUAGAGAUGGUAACAGUUGUGGUAAAUUUUGAUUUACCAGUUACUCCUGACGGUAAACCUGACUGUGAGACGUAUUUACAUAGAAUUGGUCGUACUGGACGAUUUGGUAAAUCUGGUAUUGCUAUUAAUUUUGUUGAUGGUGAGAGAUCUCGUAAUAAUCUACGAUAUAUAGAAAAACAUUUUGGACGCAAUAUUACUAAACUGGAUGCUGAAGAUAUGGAUGAAAUAGAGAAAAUUGGAACAUAACUUUAAUCAUCAAAUGAUUAAUGGAUAUCAUAAAAGACUAUAAAGUGCUAAACUUAUUUUCAUUUUGUGAACCAUUGACAGGCAUCAUCUAUAAACUCAUUCUUGUCAACUAUAUGUACAGGCGGGAGAUUUUUAAAGAGAACUUAAACUUAAAAGUCAAUACAGAUUAAAGUGUAUUUGAAGUAUAAAUGGGUACACGUGUAGUUGUUACAUUAACUGAAAGGAUAUCACCAAUCCCUACAAAAUCUGUUUAGAUUAAAUAUUGCCUACAUGUAUGUACAAUAUUUGACAUGCAAAUCAAUCUGUAUUGUGAAUUGGUUUGUAGUAUGAAAAUGCCUUAAAAAUAAAAUAAAUAGCUGUACUUUUAUUAUGUUAUAAACUAUCAAGUAUAAAUAUAAAUAUAUUAUAUUAUAUAUUUACAGAGCUUAAAGGUAUAUACUGAUAUCAGUGAAACUCUCUUUAUCUUUAGUAAAGAAGCAGUGUGACAUAAAUUAGAUGUUAAUUUAUUUAAGGAUUGAGAGAGAGAGAAAUGGGGUUUAACAUCCACUCAACACAUUUCAGGACUAACAUAUGGUUCAAUUUUUUAUUUCUAUAAUUUGCUUGUGCAUAGGGAUCUUAAGCAGUGAGAGGAGAGGACAGGGCUUGGAGAAAACCCACGAGGUUGGACAGAUGACCCUACUCCUUGUCAUGAACAACCGGACCCAUUGAAAGACCUUAUGAUACCAUGCACAUGUGCUAUCCGUUCGGCCAUCCAACCUCCUCCAUAUUUUAGGAUUGAGCUUUCAUGUUUUAUAUAUGAGGUAAAUCACUCAAUAUACCAGGAAACUCAAAAGUCAAUUGUUAUAUGGACAGAACAUGUUGAAAUAAUUUCAAUAAAUUUUGUUGAUUAGGGUUGGAAAAGAUUAAAUGAAUGAGCUGCAUAGUAACCAUAGAGACAGCAGUAUCAUACGUCAUUCAUAUAGACAGCUAUUGUUUAUAGACUGAUAAACUAAUUUCUUGAGAUACCUUCAUUAAAUUUACACAGGAAAAAUCCAUUGUACAUUAAUUAUUGUUACAUCUUAAAAAAAAACUUCUAGUUUCCUUGUAGUUCCACAAAAACUCUCAGGAUUGGAUUUAAUUAAGAAAAUGAAAUUUUGUACUGUUAUUAACAAGUCCAUUACAAGAGCUUUUUAGCAGUUGAAGACAGAUUUGGCUUGUUCAUUUUGUCUUUCUCGUCUUCCAGAUAUUGUGUAUCCUCAUCUCAAGAAGUGAAAAUACAGAAAAGAAUAUCUAUUGAUUUUUAACAAUUUUCAAACAAGUCACACAGAAAAAAAUAUUUUUAAUGUAAAUAAAUUUGUAAAAUAUAAUGCUAGAACUGUAUAUAUUCAACUCAAAUCACCCCAGUUUUAUUUCAUAUUAGAAUUUAUUUUGGUUAUUAGAUUGAUACGUUCUGCUGAUAUAAGGAAAAAUACAGCCGGUACCAUGUAUCAGCAGGGAGCAAUAAAAGGUAUAUUUUGUAACAAGGACUCUGCUUUUUACCUGUUACAUUCUGACAUGCUUUUUUUUAUCUAUUUUACAAUUGUGUAUUUUAGAUAUUUUGUGCGUUAUGUUCGGAACAAGUUUAAAUGAUUAUAAACAGAUGGCUUAGGUUUAGAAAAUUAGGAGCAGUACAUUUUGAUUUCUUACAAGGCUCUUUCUUUUUCUUUAAUGGGAUAUGAUUUUUAACAGCAGAUAAGCCAAUAUACAACUUUGGCUGUCUAGAAAAACACACACACUUAUUACUGCCAACCCACUGAUUUGUUCCUGUGGAAUUGAAUUUAUGCUUGAUAUGUCUUACUUGGGAUCGAUUUUAUGUAGCACAUGCCUUAAGUUACAUACUCAUAGAGUAAUGGGAGAUAAAGAGCAAGAUGUCAAACACAAAGCUCAAAUCAAGCAUUUGGUUGUUUUUAGCAGUAUUCAAAGUAACAUGCAAAUCUACAUGUAGAUAUUACCAAACUUUCCUUUUGAUUUGUUAAUGUAAUGCUCUCAAAAACAUAUGUUGAAAAUAUUGUAUUUUAGGCAUAGAUCAAGUUUCAAAUAUAAGUAAUUCGUAUGAUGAGUAAAGAAAUUGUUCCAUGAGCUUCUUUUCCUUCGUGGAUUUUAUUUUUUUACCCAGGCUAUUGGGGUGUUUCAAUAACCUUUGUUACAAGAAUGUUCACAAACAAAAACUAAUGUAAUAUUUUUUUUAAUGUGUAAUUAAAAUUCUGAUUAUGUUGACCUUUCAUUUGUUUAAUUUCACAUCAUAAAUUAUGUAUCAUACAUGCAGUUUUAUUUUAUGUACAAAGAUGAAAGUUCAUUAAAUAAAAUACAGUUUAAUA